AUGGCACCAGCUAAACGUUCUUUACAAUCAAUCAUCGACACACACGAUCAGCAUCCCCCUGAGACGAAUAAGGGUCCUGCCAAACGGACGAGAGCCGCUAGAAUCAUACAAGACACGAAUUCUGAUGAUGAGAAUCUUAGUCCUCCUCCUGAUAGUCCAGCAAAUUAUCAUGAUACUGCAAGGGUUGACCCUGAUGUCGAUCGAAGCCCACCGGACGAAGAGGACCAUUCGGGCGAGGUCAAUGCCUCCGCCCAGGAUGAGCAUCAUCUUAACCAAGAUAGCACCUCUGACCAAGACCCAAACCCUCUCUCGUCGAACUCCAACGAGAAAGAGCACGUCCCAGAAGGCACAACAUCCGACGACGUCCCACCAUCGUCUCCACCGUGGAAUUCGCUUUCCGAUUCGCAUGGAUCCGAUCGAUCCAAAUCGCCUUCCAGUCCUCCACCUUCCACAGCCCCAGUAGGUCCUGUUACGAACCCUAUCACCACGUACGUUAUCCCUGGGCAUUUUGGGCCCAAACUUCAGAGUCGAGUCACGGCUCUUUUACAGUACAAGAACGAAAAGGAUCACGUCUAUUCCAUUUCAUGUCUUCCAAUCGCAGACUUAUCCUGGGGCGGUUCAGAGAAUGCUUCAGCGAACAAGCUGUGUAUUCGUGGACAUGACAUGCCCGUCACAGUCUGGAUUACCGCGCUCAUCGGACGCCACUACAUGUUUGAACCCGAUGGGUCUCCAAAGAAGAAGGUAUCGGUGGCCUUGGCACCUCUGACAGAGCAUAGUCUGCAUACCAACUUCAAAGUCUUGCAUGACUUUUCGAAACCACAGGAACCCAUUGACACGGCACACCGCCGUAUAUAUGCGUCGCGUUGGCAACAAAAGCAGCUUCCUCGACAACGAGAGAUGGCGAUACAGCCCUUUAAGGAGUGUUACGAUGCGACCCGGCGUUAUACGCUCAAGACUCAGAUGCCUCGUGUGGACGUCGAGGACUUGAAAGAAGGAGAUUUGGUUCUCGUAGAGGCUGAGAUUUCUCGCUUCUCGACGGCAGAUGUUAAUCCUAAUAAGUCGUGGGCUGAGAAAUCUAGGGCGAAGAAGAAGGGAUUUGUGGAGUAUAAAGCUAUGUUUGAAUUGUCUUCCAUCUCAUUGUUGAAGGCAGGACCAGAGGCUACCGCUUUGUCUUCGGAUCCAGUUUCUCGGGAGUUUGCGAUUGUCACCUCUACAGCCUGGAUUAGUCUCGACUCUGUUGCACUCGAGUAUAUCAAGCCCUGUCUGCAUACGAAGAUUCUUCCAACACAACAGCAUACAAUGUACGACCCGCCCGAUUCUGAAAUCUGCAACGCAUUAUUACACGUCUUCGCAACGUGGCCCACGGAGAAGAAUAGCAUGCCGUGGGUGUACCAGCAGAUCAAGAGAGACAAUCCUACCUGGCGAAUCACACUUCCGCAAGUAACCUCUUUACACACCAGAAUGCAACACGACCCCAUUCCUCCUGACCCGCUUCUCGAUCUCCAUUGGUCGGGUAUCGUCAUCCACCCCGACGCAUAUCAUUUAUCCCCCUUGAAAGAUCCAACCUCUCUGAUCGACCAUCUCGACCUUUGCGCCGUCGACUUUGACCGAGAUGGCGCCGUUACCGCUCAAUCAUUGCACGAUCUCGUUGGUUCGAAGGAAGCAGUUUGUUUUACGAACGCUUACGAUCGUGACUCGCGCAUCGAUGACUGGUACUACGCUUUUUAUGCCGAUACAUCUAACACGACUGGUGCUCUUAACCCAAUCGCCAACAUCGUGAAGCCUGCUGAACAUCCUCCGAUUCGAGGGCAAGUCCUUGUGGUCCUGAAUGGUCCUGAGGAUGGGAUGUGGGAGGUCAUGCAAAGAAUAGACGAGAUUCAGCUUGGUCGAUCUUUGUGGUGGUAUCUGAAGUCUGGCAAUGAGCCUCGUGAUGUUUUCGGGGAGAGGGAGCUUCGGCGAUAUAUUUGGACGAUGAUAAUCUAG